CAUGAGAAAAAGGCAAUGAGAAUAUGUUAAAGACACAAUUUUCAUCAGUCUUUUAAGCAACUUAAUAAACACUCAUCAGUUAUUUGUUGUUUGUUUUAUCAGUGCAUUAUCACAUUAGCUAGUUUAGCAUAACAAAAUCAACAGAUUAUGCAAUAGCAGAGGGAGUAUGGAAAGUCUAGGUUAGGCAUUAAUGCCUUCACCCUGCUGCUCUCUGCAUGCAUUGCUAAUGGAGGUGAGCGCUCAAAGGGUGAGGGGGGUGAUGAGGGUGGGGGAUGGGCUGCAGGAUUCACUGCAACAGUAGUUAUUCUAAAAUGACAACACUGGAUUAUUGUCUGGUCCUCAGCAUAACAGCGAUGCUGCGGGGGAAUUAUGGGCCGGAUAUUUCUGCCCACAGUCCCCACCCACCAGGAGGGAGAGGUGAUAUUGGUCAAGCCAUCCUCCAAUUGAGGCCAGUCGUGUCUUCUGAUCAAGGCUGAAAGGGUUGUGGGGAAUUCAAACCAGAGGAUUUCUAACACUGAACAACAAAAGGGAUCUGCAGCUUUUAGGACGUUUUUGAUUCUCCAACUUCGUUAGAUCAUCUGUUAAAACUAAAAAAUGAUGGAGUAUAUAUAUAUUUGAAUGACAAACGACUCUUAAAUAUAUCGAAAAUAUGUAGAAAUAUUUGUGCCUGUCAAAUAAAAAAGUGUUUCUUGAAGGCAGACAAAGAUAGAUAUCUGCAGAAUGCUUUCUCUUUAGAAGACUUCUACCUUUAAUGUGUCUCAAAACUAGACUUUGAGGAGCUCUCAUCUUCUCUUGGUGCCAUGCCUUACCAGGAUGAGGAGUGUCCUGACCAGCCCGUGUGGCAGUCUGUGCUUUUGUUCUGCUGCAAAGGUAUGAUCGAAGGCAUCAUGUUCAUCCUGUUCUUCUGGCUCCUGGUGCAGGUCCUCUUCACUAAACAGCUAGAAGUUCAUCUCCAGAUUCUUCUUCUGGUUGGAUUGAUAGUUUUCUGUCUGUCUUUGGUUCUUGGAUGUGUUGUCUGCUGGAGGAAAAGUCAGUUUUUCUCCGGGAAAAAGCAAACUCCUGCCACAGCAUCGGCUCCUGUUGAUCUUCCUGAGAGCUCCCAUCCCGCGGUUCCUGCCUCCCAGCCUCUGUGUCAGGAGCUACGCAGAGACACCCUGGAUUACCCCUCAACGUUUAGCAGCCCUGCCCGUUCUCAGGGGGAAAUCAGUUCUUUUCCAUUUGGCAACCAAGCUAAAGUAGCCACUGAAGAACAUGAACGAGCUGCACCUUACUUCUCCCUGCGCCGCCUCAGCUCACCUCUGCUGCCCGGGCCUGCUUAUAAGCCCAUGCACCCUGGCCGUGCUUCCCUGCCCUCACUGCCCAAACUGGGACUGCUGACCAAAAACGCCCCGCAGAGACGUUGCACUGUUUCUGGGGACUGCAGAUCUCACACUGAGCGCAGCAGACUCACAAGCCCCAGGGCUAUAUCUUCUUCAAUUGCUGAAAACCCCAUUGCCCUGACUCCACUGAGCUACGGCUCUCAUACAAACCUCUCAUCAGCAAAUCCAUGCCUUCAUUUCACUCUGGCCUUCAAUCCACAGCAGCAAAUCUUGACAGUCACUAUCUUAAACUUAACUGAAACAUCUCACAGACUGGAGAAUGUGAGCGUUCUGGGUAGUCUGCUUCCUCUGCAUCCAUCUCCCACUCAAAUGUCUAGUCACAGCAGCCUCAGCCGUGAUGCCAGCAGGUUGGAGCUCCUUCUAAAAGUGAGGUCCAUGAAGGAGCUCCAGAGGUGUGAGCUGAGAUUAGCUCUGUACACACGGGGGGUGCAGAGCCCGAGGGACACCCCUCUGGGUGAAGUGGGGCUUGAAUGUGGAAACAUAGACUGGAUCUCAGAGCACCCGCUUCAGUUCAUGAAAGCGCUCAAAACGAAACCAGGGGAAUUAUGAAAAAGUAUCUGUUGAGGCUGUCUCACUUUUCAGCUCCCACUCUACAGAAACAUGUCUGUGAAGUUUACAUUCAGCGUGGAGGGAGGAUCUAUCAUUGCACACUCAGUUCAGUCAUUUUAUUGGUACAUUUAGGAUACUUAUUCUCCAUUAUUUAGACCGAAAUUGAAGUGCAAAAUGUUGAAUCUGCACAAAAUCAAGCAAAUACCCAUGUAGGUACUGCCAGCUUGAUUGUUCAGGAAGCUCAGGGGCAAACAUCUGUUUCUGUAAAGCUAUUGAGCCCCCCCCUCCCAUUUAAGCCUAACUGCAGAGCCCAAGGUCAGGAACAGAAACCUGAGCUCUGUCUAUAACUGGACCCGACCCUGCUGGAGUUCCAGUUGGCUGUGUGCUAUCAUUGGAACUUUUCUUAUAAUAUGGGCAAAGGAUUAAAGUUAAAUCACACUCCAAGGUUUUGAGUUUUUUUUUUAUACUUUGUGUUGAUUAGUGUUUUCUUUUGUGGAAUGCUGUAUUUCUUGCUGAUUGAGAUUUUUCUCUCUGACCUUUGAUCAUCAACUCAACAGCUGUUGCACUAAUGUGUGAGGGGCUCAGCACAUCUUUUAUUGUCGCAGCGUCACGCUGCGCCCCACAGUUAAUGUUCCUCAAAGCUGCCAACUUGACAACCCUCUUCCAGCAUGUAAAACCACCAUAGAGUCACUUGAAAUGUAAUAAACGUGCAACCUCUCAUUAAAACAUUAGAAAAGGAACCAACUUUUACCUUUCAGGGGCAGAGGUAAAGUAAUUCCCUAUGUUUAUUUUAAGGGAUUAAAUGAUGUCUUACAAAAGCCCAAUGCAGCAGGAGAUCAUCCCUUUUUUAAUGACAUUGUAGUUUAAUCCUUUACUAUUCGCAAUCAUCUGGAAAACGUUCCAAUCUCCACAGAAACUCUCAUCCGACAGAUCUAAUCUUUGUUUGCAUUAGAUCUGCAUUAGAUCCGCCUCUGCAUUGUUUUUCACUGCAGAUGAGCCCAGCGAGUCUGGGGAGACAUUCAGCUGUGUGGUUUCUG